AUGUCGUCUAUUCUUGCAAAGAUUGGCUUGACCGCAAGCGCCACUAGCUUUGGUUUCUCACAAUGUCGGAGUAGCAUUGCUUCUCAUCAGUCACUGGUUCGCUUCUUCCACUCAUCUCAAUUCUGGUACGGUGACAAUGCUGCGAACAACGCCAAAAACCGCGAGAGAUAUGCCAAUGAUCCAGAGUAUCGCAACAGGAUGCUUCAGAAGCAGCGUGAGUGGACCCGUGAGAGGAGAGCCAAGGACACAGAUUUUGUUGCGAAUCGCCGUCAGUCAAACCUUAGAUGGAUAGCUAAGAAACGACCGGCACAUAUACAAAACUAUAUCAACGAUCCAGAGUAUCGCAAGUCCCAGAAGCACAACCGUCGCAAUAGCGAGGCGGUUGUACAGAGAGCAGAUCUCAAACGCAAAGCGAACAUCAACAACAGUUAUCAAAAAAAUGCGCUCCUUCACUGGAUAUUGAAAGCAACGUGGCAAUGUCGACUCUUCUGGGAAACACAUGAACCAUUGAUAUCUGAAGAGCCCGAUGGAACUCCAGGAAUAUGCUCAUCCUGUAAUGGUGUCUCCACCCAACGGCUCUGGUGGCGACGGAAGAAGGUUGACGAAAAGUCCGCCGAGAAGAUGGGUGACGAGUCCAGUAAACAGGUACUUGACUGCCAUAACUGCUUCUGUGACAUGGACUGGGAGAAAGCCUUACCUUUGGGCUACAGAGGGCACGUGUUUGGCAGCGGGAAACGCCUGAGAGAGCCAGACUAG